ACCACGGGGGAGAGCAGGAGCGCCGGGCAGGAGGCGCAGAUCCGCUCCGGGCGCUCGCCAGCAGGCCGCAUCCCAGCAUCCGACAUCCAGCGAUCGCGCCGCGCCGUUCCUUCGGAAGACUUCGGACAAAACUCUUGUAACUUCUAUUAUCAACCAAACAAGUUCAGUCAGUGAUAUGUGAUUCAAAACAUUUGAGAACACCAGAGACAAAUUGUGCAUACAAUUAUUUAAACUAGUGACAAAUAUUUUAUAUCAUGAAUAUUCUGCAUAAACAAUUGUGAAAGUGAAUCUUAAUAAAACUACAAAGUAAGGAUCAUUAAUUGGUGGUAUCCAUCGCGGCGCAAAUAAACCAACACGCGAUGAAGGAAAAAAGCAAGAAUGCGGCGCGUUCGCGACGCGAGAAGGAAAACGCCGAGUUUCUGGAGUUGGCGAAACUAUUACCACUUCCGGCCGCCACCACAGCACAACUAGACAAAGCAUCAGUGAUACGAUUAACCACAUCCUAUCUGAAAAUGCGCCAAGUUUUUCCAGAUGGUUUGGGAAAUGCCUGGGGAUCUUCUCCGCCAGUUGUUAAUCCCCGCGGAAAUAUUAUAAAAGAGUUGGCUUAUCAUCUACUGCAAACUAUGGAUGGAUUCAUUUUCGUCGUCGCUCCCGAUGGGAAAAUCAUGUACAUAUCUGAGACUGUGAGUGUACAUUUAGGUUUACCACAGGUGGAUCUAACUGGUAAUAGUAUUUUUGAAUACAUCCAUCCCGCGGAUCAUGAUGAAAUGCAAGCUGUCCUCACACCAUCAUCGGCUGUAUUGAAUCCUCUCCCUCCAGGAUCCCCAGAACAACAGGACUACGAAUCCGAGCGCGCUUUUUUUCUACGUAUGAAAUGUGUGUUGGCGAAACGCAAUGCUGGACUCACCAACGGCGGUUUCAAAGUGAUACACUUCUCUGGUUAUCUGAAGAUAAAGCAGUACACGUCGCAUUUGCCGCAAUAUGAGAAUACAUAUUCAAAUUUGGGAUUGGUUGCCGUCGGACACUCGUUGCCUUUGAGCGCCAUCACCGAAAUCAAACUACACACGAAUAUGUUCAUGUUCCGCGCCAGUUUGGACCUGAAACUGAUUUUUCUCGACGCUAGGGUGGCACAGCUCACUGGAUACGAACCACAGGAUCUCAUCGAGAAGACACUCUAUCACUACAUUCAUGCCACGGAUAUAUUUUCGAUGCGUUUCUCACAUCAUCAAUUGUUGCUGAAGGGCCAAGUGACGUCGAAAUAUUAUCGAUUCAUGUGUAAAGGCGGCGGCUGGGUCUGGAUGCAAAGCUAUGCUACAAUCGUUCACAAUUCCCGAUCUUCACGCCCGCAUUGCAUCGUUUCAGUUAACUAUGUCCUAAGUGAUUGGGAAGCGAAAGAUUUGGUCUUAAAUCAAUCACAAGGAUCCAUCAAGGUGGACUACAGUAAUGACACGAAAGAUUUCGCGCUGAAACAAUCUCCAUGCGGGUUUAAAGAAGAACAUUCAUCGUUAUACACAAAGCUUGACACGUCUUUGGACAACAAAAACUUCGCGUUGAAAUCAUCCCAACCCUGCACGUUCAAAGAUGAGCACUCCUUUGCGAUGAGCCAGGACACAUUCAAAGAUGAAAUCUCAUCUUCACACUCGCAUUCCCCACAUGCCGGAUCUCCGAUGCAGUCAUCCACAGUACGAAACUCUUCAACACCCAAGUUUCGACCACCUCCUGUUCAUCCAGCUAUUAUCACCCCGCCGAAUUCAUCACUACCAGACGAUGAUUUCAGUGACUCCAAUGGUGCAACAACAGCAAACAUGGUUUAUCCACAAUCGGAGUUUUCUUUCCUCACGAAUUACACUGAAGAAUCUUUCUAUCCGCAACAGGAUAUGUACUACACUUACGCAGAGCAUGAUCAACUUGGUCAUCAUCAACAGGCACAGCAAGGGCAAAUGCAUCCACAAAGUGCCAGUCUACAGAAUAGACCCUACAGUGCUUCCUCGAACAGUUGCAGUAGUCCAGAGAGCGAACACCAUCUUCAGGAGCACUUUAUUAAUCCGUAUUGCCAACAGGAUAAUAUGCAUAAUCACCAUCAUCAUCAACAACCUCAUCCGCACCAACAGCAGCCACCCUUUAACAAUAUCAACAACGUAAACUCUUUUAAUAAUAAUCAGGCGAGUGGGGGUAAUCUGGAUGAACAUUUGUAUACGCAUGACUUUAAACAUCAUCAUGGUACUGUACAAGGUACAUCUGCUUAUACGAGUGUCAUCGUUGAACCAGCGCAGUAUCUCCCACCGAAUGGGUAUGUACAUUAAUCCAAAAUGGCCGCCAACACGUGAAACGUAUUGUAAAGUAUUAUGUAUAUCAUAUCAACCUUUGAGGCGGAUGAGGAUUUGCAAGAGAAUAUUUAUUAUACCUUUAGAUUUUAUAUUUUUGGGUAAUUUCCCGCAAUAAAUUUGCAUAGGAAUGUUGAGAGCCAGUUGAGGAGGAAAUUCCAAAUUUUGUACAUAUUUUAUUUGACGUGUAUUUGAAUAUUUUCUAAAAGUAUUUCUAACUGUAAAUGCCAUUUUAUAUAUUUUUAUAUUAAUUUGUUGUUUCAAAACCCGAUAAUACCGGUGCCAUAUAUAAAUAUGCAAACAAUUGCCGUUUGAUUUAAUUUAUUGCGAGGUGGAUUCUGUGCACAGAAUGCGAAACAGUAAUGAAAUUAAUUGUUAACGUAGAUGCGACAAUAAUUUGAGACUGUGAAUUUAGAUAAACUAAGUGAUAGCAUAAGAUGUAUGACCACUAUUUAAAAUAUUAUAUAUGAACUAUGUAAAGCAUGUAAAUACUCUCAAAAAAAUCUAAUUAAUUACGAUGAUUAAAUGAUUAAAAUAGAAA